AUUUUUUCAUUUCAGUUUCUUUUCUUCCCCAUCUUUCCUUGUAUUUCUUCUCUCUUCUGUUUCUUUUUUUCCGUUUCUGUGACUGUGUUCAAUUUGGUUUUUUUUUUUUGAUCUGAUACGUAUCCAGCCGUGUCGGUGGUGUGUCCGUGUCGGGCACCGAUAUGACACUGGAAAGAGGAGGUUUCCCGGUGCUUCAUAGACCCUUACUUUAAUUGAACUUUCUUCAUUGGACAAAUCCAGUAUCACGGAAAGUUCCAGAUUGUCCAUCAUUAACGAUGACUUGUUUGUAUUUGGUUCUCUUCACUUUUCAUAACUACAAGUCCAAUCCUCUUUCCUUGACUACCUACCAGUGAAAACCUUAACCUUUAAGUCUUCAUCUCAUCCUAUUCCUACCUUUUCCCGCUCUAUAAAUUGGGUGAAUCAAUCGUGUUUGGAUAUUGAGAAAAACCACCAAGCCAAAGCUGUUUCAUUUCAACAAGAAUGUCGAGCGAAAGCCAGAUAUGGGUGAUUCCGUUCUUUGGGCAAGGCCAUCUCCUCCCAUCCAUGGAACUGUGCAAGCACAUAGCCUCUCGCAAUUUCAAAGCUACUCUCAUCAUUUCCUCCAAUCUCUCUUCUUCUAUACCCUCUUCCUUCCAUGAUCAUCCUCUCAUUCAGGUUGCCCAAAUACCCUCUUCAUCGCCUACUCCACCAGAGCUCAGUUCCGGCCCCCAUCAUCAUCACUCAGAUUUAGCUCAGGGCAUUGCCAGUCUGCUGGAGAAUACCUCCCAACCUGCCUGUGCCGUAAUAGAUAAUAUGAUGGAUUGGACAGCAGACAUUUUCAAGAAGCUUAAGAUUCCAACAAUUGCGUUUUUCACCUCGGGUGCGUGUUCAGCAGCUCUGGAGUUCGCCAUGUGGAAGGCUCGCGUGGUAGAUAUCGAGCCUGGAGAGACAAUUUUGCUUCCUGGGUUACCUGAAGAAAUGGCUUUGACAGAUUCCGAUCUUAAACAAGGCCCACCACCUGGACCACCUCCUCCCCAGCUUGGGGGCUUCGGGUUUCCACGUGGGCCUCCAGGACCACCACCACCGCCAGCAGCGGACGGGUUUCCUCUUGGACAUCCACCACCGAAAAUGGGACCACCCCAACCAGGUGGACAGCCACAAUGGAUGGAAACUGCCAAGGACUCAGUCGCAUUGAUGCUGAAUAGUUGCCAUGAGCUUGAAGGCCCAUUUCUUGACUAUUUAAGGCUCCAAAUUGGUAAACCAGUUUGGGGUGUUGGGCCCCUAUUGCCCCAACAGUUUUGGAAAUCAUCCGAUUCCUUGCUCCACGAUCGUGAAAUCCGAGCCAACAAACAAUCUAAUGUUACGGAAGAUCAAGUGAUGGGAUGGUUAGAUUCAAAGCCACAUGGAUCAGUGCUAUACGUGUCUUUCGGUACUGAAGUUGCUCCCACCAAACAACAGUUCCAGCAAUUGGCUGAUGCAUUAGAAGCCUCGAACAGGCCAUUUAUUUGGGUGAUCCAACAUGGGUCGGGCCGACCAGGUCCACCACCUGGCCCACCUCAGUUCUUAGGGAACCAACAUGGGUCGGGCCGACCAGGUCCACCACCUGGCCCACCUCAGUUCUUAGGGAACCAACCUGGUUCCAAUGAUGUAGUCUUUGAAGAAGAGGGUUACUUCCCACAUGGUUUGGACCAAAAGGUCGGUAAAAGAGGAUUGAUCAUACACGGAUGGGCACCUCAGUUGUUAAUAUUAAGCCAUGCAUCGACGGGUGGGUUUCUAUCACAUUGUGGAUGGAAUUCUACGGUGGAAGCAAUCGGACGUGGGGUGCCAUUAUUGGCAUGGCCUAUUAGGGGUGACCAGCACUCCAAUGCCAAAUUGGUAGUGAAUCAUCUCAAAGUGGGGUGCAUGAUUUCCGAUAAUCUGGCACAACAGAAUAUCAAGAAGGAUGAUAUUGCUGAAGGGAUUGAGAGGCUAAUGGGAAACGAAGACAUUAAAACGCAAGCUGUGAUGCUUAGCACUAAAUUUCAGCAGGGUUUCCCAGCGAGCUCAGCUGUUUCUUUGGAUGCUUUCAAGGAUUUUAUUGUUAACCUGAAUGCACAUUAAGCACAAGGUUUCUGUCACGGAGAAAUCUAUUUAUAUAAUUCCUCUGUAUUUCAUUGACAUAUUAUGAGGAUUAUUAUCUACCUUAUUAAUUUCUUUUGCUUGGGCAUCCUGAUCUUAUAGAUCCAUGUACUUUUUUUGUUCUAUAUAUAGACGUUAAAAUUUUCAUUA